AUGAAGGUAGAAUCACAGCGAGCCACGGACGGGACGAAGACUGGUGGGGCGGAUGGGAAGCCGAAGAUGAAGGCCUGCCCGCUCUUCUGCAGCGAGUGCGAGCUUGGUGAGUGGAAGUGGGCCAUGGUCGUCGUCAAGGAGGGCGAACAAAAGAAGAAGACCGGCAUUGUGACGGCUGCUUUGGCCGAUUCGAAUGCCAUCCAUGGCCACUGCCCGCGUCACAAACACCCCUUGGAGAAGAUCAAGGAGGAUAAUGACCCCUUCGAGGACGAGAAGCCAAAGGAGGAGGACAAGAAGCAGAAGAAGAAGAAAGGCCCUCGGCUCGAGUGUGAGAUGUGCAAGGCUGCCAAGAAGAAGGACAAAGACGGCAAAGCAGGGGAGGACGACGGAAAGCCCAAGCCCGUGGCUUUCGGCUGUGAGGACUGCAACUGGUACGUCUGCGCAGACUGCCAUGGCAAGAAGGGUGAGAAGCAGUGGCAGUGCAUGCUGCAGGUGGACUUGAGGGAGGGCAUGGAGGUGCACCGUGAAUGGUUCAACGUGGACCACCUCCGGCUUUUUGCCGAAGCCGAAGAUGACAUGGACCUGGAAGAUGACGACGAGAAGGAGGACGUGAACCUGGCCAAGAAGUUCUACCCUGACCUGGUUGAGGGGCAGCAAAUCAAGGCCUCCUUGAGCUCCGCGGGGCGCUGGGGCUUCACCACGCGCUUCAUGUAUGCGGCGGUGGUGUCCCGGGUCCAGGAGGAUGGCAACUACGACAUCAAGUUCCACGACCAGCUGCUUGGGGAGAAGAAAGGCAUGCCCAUCGAGGAGUUGGAGAGCCUGCUGACCUUCGAAGCCUCGGGUUUGGGCCUGGAUCCAUCGAGGAACUUGUUCGACUUCCGGUUCAACAGUUUGCCCCGUGGAGUGCUCGCCAACGGUAACGGCGUGGAGCUGAAGCCUGUGGCCGCCCAAGCUCUGAAGGCUGGAGACUCUGGCGGCUCCAUCCUCCUCCUCAAGCCGACAUCGUACUUGGCCAUGCCCCUGGAGGGCCUGGCACCCGGAGGAGCUGGAUCCGGUGAGGAUCACACCAAGUACACCCUGACCCUGGAGCUGAAGCUGCCAUUGCAGAGGUCGCAGCAUCCCGUGGCCCUCUUCCAGGCUUCCUGGCCGGAAGUCUCGGGCGUCCCGCAGCUCUGCGCGGUGGCGGACGAGUACGUGCCCGCCGCGGCCUCAGUCAUGGGUCUGGUUCAGGUCCACCCGGCCGAGAGGGACUAUCUGGAGGAGCCUCCUCCCCCGGGCACAACCUGGAACUGGCACUUGCAGGUGGGGAGCGUGGUGCUCAACAAGUCGACGCUCCGACCGGGAAGGUGGCACGACAUCACCAUGGUCGUGAACUGCAAAGAGGGGCGCGCAUCCAUCUACGUGGAUGGGAAGAAUAUUCGCGCGGAUGGCGGAGAGAACUUCAUCGUCAUCGGAGAGGGGGCAGGAGCCAAGUCACCUCUGGCCAUCAAGCGGGGUGGCUUCCUCCUCUUUGCUGCCUCCGAGGCUUCCUGGAUGCCCGGCGGCUGUUGCCUGCGCCGCUGUGCCUUCAUCAGCCCCCCUGGCAGCAUCUGGUGCCCAGAGUCAGGCGACUGCUUGUCAGCCAAGCAGUUGGAGCAGGUGCAGUACCAGAACCGCCUGGCCAGUGCUAGGAUCCGCGAGUACCUGAAAGAGCAGCUCCCGCAGCAGGACAUCGCAGGGGUUUAG